CCUUUCGAGUGAAAAAAGAAAAUAGUUUAUGUAACUCCGUUAAUUAUAAUCCGAGUUGCCCAUUUUCGACGUUAGAGGGCAGAACUUUAUUUACGUCAAAAGUUCUGAAAUUUCUGGACAUUGGCUAACAGUUCCGUUCCUUCAAUUUUCGAAAAUUUCCUCCGUUCGGUAAACGCGACGGGAAACGAAAUUAGAGGAAACUCUCGUUAGGGUCGAGGAAAACAUCUUCCUAAUUUUCCGACGGACGACCAGAUGGCGUUACCGUCUCGUUGGGUGGGAAGUCUGCAGGACGGCCAGGCGUCGGCCCGCUACCUCCGACGGAUCCGCUCAGCGGAUGGCGGAUAAGGAACCAAAUACGACGGAGACGGAAACCGGCACCGUCGCUUCCUCUCGACGACGGCGGCGCAGAGGCGACGAAGAGACGGUGCGGAUGGCUUAAGACGCCGGUUCCUUCUUCGUCCCUCACUAUCGCGCGCGCAUUACCCGAACCCGGGCUUAAUUAUCGGAAUUGGGAGACGAUAUCCGAACGCGGUGCCGAGGAGGAGAGACGGUUGGCAUCCGCGGCUUUUCUUCCACGGGGAAAAUUCUUUCCUCCUCCAAAAAACGGAAACGGGUUCGAAAGGAAGCGAGGCGCCGGCCGGCAGUCCGGGGCGGAAAGAAGCCGGCGCGAUAAAUUUUUAACGGCGGAAACCCUCCCGGGCCACCCCCGUCUCGACCGCCUCCUCCGCGCCUCCCCGUUUCGGAAUGCGUGGGGCGAUCGGGCACCGCCCCCUAUACCACCUCGGCGCGUCACGUGACCCGGUCUCUCGACGUCACGGCCUCCCCGUCCCCGUUCGCGCAGUGGGUGGAGGGGCGUGUUGCGUAGCCAACGGUGUAGAAAGGACGGCCGCGUCCGACGGUUCCCGCUCCGCUCCUCGGCGAAUCUCUCCGCUAGCGCCAGGCGAAAACUUGCGAAAUUUCGAUGAAGAGAUGAGCGACGGCCGUCCGGAGGUGGAAAAAGAAACCACCGAAGAGUCGACCGGGCCGCAGCGUCCGGCCAGACACGUGUCCAACGGCCACUACGACAAGUGCAUCUGCUGCAAUCCCCGAGUGGAGUGUUCCUCGCAUCGACAGCGACCCGGCCCCAAGCAAGAAUGGAUUUUCGGCAGCGGACGUCUCAGUUGGGACAACUCUCCGGUGGCCUCGUACAAUCCCGAGACCAAGAUGUUUCGGUGCGUGGUAUGCGGAACGGUAGGGUUCAUGUCCAGGAUCGCCGAGCAUUACCUGGGAACCCACGCCAACGCCAAGGUUUUCCAGUGUCCGCGCUGUCCCUACAGCAGCGCCUGGUCGCGGUGCGUGCGAAUGCAUCUGUCCAAGCAUCACGGAGUCCGAAACGUGCCCACCACGCUGUGGAAAGGAGAGCCCCUGUUGGAAGAGAUUCUGAAGAUCUUGCAGACCCUCAAAAACGAAACCGAAUGUGCCGACAAGGAAACCGCCGACGGCGCCGACAAACGGUACGCCUGCCCCAAAUGUCCCUACGCUACCGAUCGACGCGAUCUGUACGCCAGACACGAGAAUAUUCAUCGGGAAGACAAACCUUUUCACUGUUACGUCUGUUUCAAGAUGUUUAACAGGGCCGACCACGUCAAGAAGCACUUUUUCCGCAUUCACAAAAAUUAUCCCUAUAACGUUUCGCUAAUUCGAAGGCAUCCCUCGCGCAGCAGAAGUCUGGUACCUAAUCACUGGAGACAGACGCGGGUUCAGAAUGGCUAUCAGACCCCCGCCUCUUCCUCCGUUCCCGUUCGAGUCCUCCCCGAUCAGAAAACGAACAGAAAAAAGGAUUUCAAAUCUUUCGUGUGUCUGUACUGUCCGUGGAGAGGCGUGGACAGCUGGUGUCUCAGAAGGCAUCUCAACACGCACAUAAAGCCUUUCGCCUGUUCUCUGUGCGAUUACAAAGCCGCCAGGGCCGAACGUCUGUCCACCCACGUCUGGAGACUACACGGAAAAUUGGCCUGUCUCAAGUGUUCCUAUCUGACCGAAGAUAGCGGCAUUCUCGAAGACCACGUCAAGGAAUAUCAUGCUGAAAGUGCGGCAAAAGUGAAAUUAACUUGCAGCCUGUGCUUCGAAACAUUCGAUGUUAGAUCGGAUUUGGAAACGCAUUCAAUAUUGGCCCAUUCCCAGAGUUUGCUUCAGUGUUCUAUUAUAGGAUGUGAUUUCCGAACUACGAAUCCUUCAAUUUUAGAAAAUCAUAGACAAGAGAAACAUUACAAAAUUAAAGAUACUUCAAGCAACAGUAACAUAUAUAAAACGUCGGAAAUUAUUUGCCGUCAGUGCGGUUGUGAAUUUGCUAAUGAAAAUUCUCUUCAGACGCAUACUGAAGUUUACCAUCAAAAUCCUCCCGAUGAAAAAUUUGGCGAUCCACGAUAUCCAUAUUGUUGUGCCUUGUGUGGCUAUGUGAGUGCUACCCAACGCAUGAUGAUGGAACACAUGAAACUCCACAGUGGAAGAUUGUUACUCUGUAGAGCGGGAGAUGAGUGCACAUUUUGCACUCCGCUUGAAUCGGUCCUCAGGGAACACGUACAGAAGGAGCACAAUGACAAUGAUGGCGUCAUACACUGUCCGCACUGCGCUCAACCGUGCAGUACGCAUCACUCGUUCAUUCAUCACUACAGAGAAUAUCACCACAUGGGUCUCUGCCAACUGUGUAACAAAGUUGAACAAAAAUAUUUUAGAAUGCACGUAAGUCCGUCGAACGGAAUGCCGCUCGUAGUUUCUGCCGAGGGUUUCGACCGACAGUCUAGUCAACGUGCGGCGACAGCAUCCAACGAGAGUUCCGACGUCCAGUCCCAGAACAGCGGCAAUGGCCGCAGGACUCGGAAACAACCCAGUCCCAGGAAACUGAUUCACCUCUCAGUAAACACUGACUGCAUUCUCUCUGGAAAUCUACCAGUUUGUGAUAAUGACUGUAAAAUAGCCAUUGCCAGAAAGUUAUUUCUCGCAAAGUACGCCGCCAAGAUUCAGAAAUAUCUAGAAACGCCACUUCUCAUUUGCAAAUUAUGUCAGAAACCCCUGUACUUCCGUUACAAGAAAAAUUAUCUGCUUCACAUUCUCUACCAUCGAAAGCCAGUUUAUGAAUGUAAGAAAUGUAAGGCACAUUUUUGGUACAGUUAUCAGUUAUUACUGCACAGAAGAAAACUUCAUUGUCAGAGAAAGGAAGUUACCAAAAGAUAAAAGCUCGAAAUUAUACGUAAAUUUAUAUUCAAUUAGAAGGAAUGUAUUUCCAUAUUAAUUACAUGCACGUGAACAAAGAUAUGUGUUGUACGACAUUCCUUUUUUUUUUAAUUAGAAUUUUUUUAGUUGUAAAAAGAGUUUAAAACUUGUUUAUUGCUGCAGCAACAUUUUAAAAUUUUUUUGAGUUUCCUAAGAAAAAUGUAUAUUUAAUUUAUAUAUAAUUGUAGUUUAAAUUUGUUUUAAAAAGAAAUGGGUUUAAAAUUAUUUUUUUCAUUUAAAUGAAAUGCUUCUUAUCAUUUUCAUAGUAUUGCUUGUAGUUACAAUGCCAGUAAUUUCUACUCAAAUUAAUUUUCACAUUCAAAUUUGCAUUCUAUUUAAUUAAAUUUGGUGGAAUUUGUUCAGGAAAUAAUGACUCAAAAUUUAUGAUUUUAAAAUACUACUUUAUUAUUUAAUAUAUAUAAAAACUUUAUUUCAAGUUGUUAUUGUGCAAUAAAAGUGCACCAAUAAUAAAUAAAUUCAUUAUUAAAAUUAUUUAUAAUACAUAAAAUAAUAAUUAUAAUAAUAAAAAAAUAUUUUAAAAUUUCUUUUGAUAAAAUGUAUAGAACUUCUGAAAAUUAUCUAAAUGAAAUUUCAAAGAUAAUUUUAUAGCAUAUUUUAUUAUUUGGCUUGAUAGUUUCGGUGGAAAAUCAGCCACAAUAAAUCAAGCAUCAGUUUUCACGUACUGGGCCAGUCGACUUUCAAAACCUUCCAGAAUAAUUGUGUUGAAAUACGAUCGAAAGCAAAUAUUGUUAUUUUUGAGAGUUUGCUUUGUUUUGACAAAAUCUUUAUUUUGAAAUUCAAAUUUAAAAUUCAUGUGAUAUUUGCAUUUGUAACUGUUGUUAAAAUAAAGAGCAAUCAAAAAUUUUCUAACAUUUGCAAUAGAAUGCAAAAAAAUCAAAAAUGUUUUAAAAAAUGCUUUUUAAAAGCUCAUUUUGAUAAAAAUGACUCCAAAAAUUAUACUUAAAAGUUAUCUGCUGUGAUAAUUUGGUGUUCAAAACACAUUGUUAUAGCUCUGGAAUAAAAAGUUAAAUGUUUUUUUCAAUUGAAAUUAAUCAAAAAUAAUUUUUUAAAAUGUUGCUGCAGGAGAAUUUUGGUGCUUUGAUGGUAAUCUUUAGCAUGCUUUUACUUAGAUUGUGAUUUGUAUUGAAUUAACUAUUUAUAUAAUAGUUUUAAAAUAUUGCUGUUGUGCUUUAAGUACAAGUUUGUUGGGCUACGCCCUUCCCUUGUGAUAAAGCUCUUCCUUGGUAAAGCAUGUGAUGCUUUCCCGACAGAUGAGUGAUAAGACUGUGACAAUCCACGUUGUGUACCGUCGGAAUCGUGUCAAAAAUUGCGUCGCUUUCCCGCGAGCGUCAAAGGAUAGAGCUACACAAUAUGUAUUGUACGUGAUCACUGCCAUCAAAUGUCAUCUGUGAUAUGUCUGGUCUGAUCCGUUAGGAUAAUUUUGCUGUUGAGAGCCUUAACAUUCCCAUUAUUAUUUUUAUUUUUAUUUUUUUGCGUCCGAGCGGACGAAAGUUCUCCAAGAUCGCCUUUCGUGCUCGUUUAAUUUAAAUUUUAUUUAGAGUUUUCUGGUACUGCAAUUUUAAAGAAUUGUAAAAAGAAAUUUGAGUGACCGUGCUAGUUGGAAUCUAACUUAAACUAUUGAAUUGCAUUCUAAUAAGGAUAUUAAAUAAGAAAGCUAAUUACAGAAAUAAAAUAAUAAUGUUUAUUGAAAAACUAGAAACAUUUAAAUUUAUAGCAAUGGCUUCUCUAUUAGAUUAUGAUUCAACCCUUCACUUCUCACUCUCUGGUGCUACAUUUAAAAAUAGUUCCUCGUAAUAUUGAUAUGAAAUUUUGUGCAGUAUUUCUAGUAUGCUUAAAAAUUACAAGACCUUCUACAUAGAAUUCCAUGCCAAAGAUUUUACUACCAAAAUAAAGGCAGCUCCAAUAUAGGAAUCUACUCAGGUUAUCAUACACGAGAAUAAAUGUAGUUCCUCGAGAAGAUGCAUAUUCUUAAAAAGUCGUUCGAUUUUUCUUUAUACACGGAUUUGUCGAAUAAUUCGGUCGGGCACCAACAAAGAAUUUUCGAUCCGUUCGACGACCGCAAAGACUCGUGUUUAAGUAAAACUGUAUAUACGUUUAAAGUAAACUUAUAGUUUGACGUACGUUGGCAGUAACGGUAUAUUUCGGGCGUAGAGUGGUCUGACGAAAAAUCUUACGUUCCCUGUGGAACAAAAUCGCCAUUUGUCGUCAUUGUCGGUACGCUUGUUCUGUUUUGUUGUAUGAUUAAUGUGUACGCAAUACACAGCGUGUUAACGCGUGGUGUCCGGUGCUAUUUUGUCUCUAAUUUGUUGUUAUGGGAUUUAACGUAUACAGACUGCACUUUUUACUCAUGUGAAAUAAGUUUUACUGUGUGCAAUAAUCACGUUUGAAGAUUCUAGAUAAUGCAUGUUUUGUAUCUUGCACUGUAAUUUUUUUUAAACAUUACCGUUCAAGAGCUUCGACGUCUCAGUCAAACCGAUGUGCCUAGCAAGUGUCGACUGAGAUUGCGGUUCUGCCUCUGCAGGCAGGUUAAAGGAGGAUAUUUUUCUUUGUUAAUUCUUAGAGAGCUUUGUUUUGUACAUAAAUGUUACCAUAUAUAUAAGAAAAACAAAAUUUUUUCUCGUAAGUAAAUAACGAGAGAUCGUCAGUGAUUUUAUGUAUUGUAUUAACAGUUAUUUUAGUAGCGAGAAACAGUGCAAAGUGCUACAACAAAAUAGCCAAAACGUUGUUGAAUUUGUUAAUUUGGUUUCGAACGAUGGAAUAUUAGCUAUAAUAAAUAUUGUAACUCUGGCAUGAGAUUAGAUGUUUCACUUCAUAUGAUAUUAAAUUUUGAAAAUGUUUAAAUUAACCUUUUGCACCAUCUCCCUUCCUUUAGAGAGAUAUUCUGUGAAAGAAAGAUUUAAGUGAUAUCCAAUAUUGUAUUGGGUUUGGAAAAUAAAAUUUCUGAAAAUCUCUGAA